GUCGCGCAGUCCUCGUAACCGGUCCUCGCGUCAAAGAGUGCCGCUGAUACAGCUCCUACUAAUUAUUACCGAGUGCUGAGAAGAGCCCCUGUCCACACCCGAUCGGGGGCUGAUCUUUUUGUUUUUUUUUCUUCAUUUUCGUGGUUGUAGAGUGAGAGACGACGUUCUCAUUUACCAAACGUUUGCGCGAUGAGACAGUUACGGUGUUCGUUACAUCGGGUUGGCACGAGUUGAGGUAGGCCUGCCGAUUGUUUAAACAGUUGUUGUUUACUGUUGCAGUGAUAUUGUAUCGCGAGUUACGACCGCGGUGUGAUCAAGACGUCAUCCUAAUCCCAAGUGGGUACCACGGAAACACCCUACAUUGUUGUACUGUUUACAAACUACGCGUGGAAUAUUGCCAACGAACUGAAGGGCGGUACCAUAAUCACCCAACCGCGAAAUACGUCAUGGUGUUGAGGAAAGAUACCGUGCAGGCCAGAGACUUGUGAGACAGUGAUGGUUGUCGGUGUUUUACCUGCACAAUUCUACUCGUCGAUUCGCAUACAGUUGUCCUUGUUCGUACCGAUAAUACUGGUGAAACAAAGUCUCCGGAAUCGCGUUACACAGAGAUCGAGGUGAGCCGAUGAACCCGGUGAAGAUACGGGAACGCUACAACAGGUUCGACGGUCUCACUGUUACAUCGCGAACCUGGUGAUCAAUGAAACGUAUCAUGUGUUGAGUUGGAAGCUGAAGAAGGAAGUACGGAAGAACAGCAGGCGUAGAUUCCACCGAGUUUGGAAUUCGGUGCAGAGAGUGAAAAUGGAAGUGGCGACGACGGCGCGGGCUUGGCGAGACUGAAUCCUUGGUUCCGUUUUAUCACCUCCCGUCGGCCAAGCGGACCAAGUCCCAAACAGUCGGCGGAGAGUCGAACGCGCAUUGAGAGCGAGUCGAGGCCACGAAGAGGAAAACGGGCUCAGAUGCGGGAGUGGACGGAUGAUAUUUGAUUCGAACGAUCAGGUUCGAGGACCGCGGUCAUUCCUGGGGGAAAUCCCGGCUCCUCGUAACUCGCCCACAACUUUCACGGUACCUUGAGUCGAAAGACACCGCGCGAAUAACCGACGAUGAUGUACUCGCCGGACAAGAUGAUGGGCAGCAAGGGACUCCACGGGGCGCCCAUCACAGCCCCAGGAUGCUUUCCUUCCGGGCGAUACUCGCCCUCCCCCUACCGAACUGCCCCGGAACCCAUGCCGCCCCCGCCCAGGCGAUGCAUGCCGAACCCAACCAGUCGAAUACUGGAGGACGCGUCGAUAAUGUGCAAUUCCUGGUCACCGCGACACAACGGUGACAUCUUCGGCGGAUUGAACGGAGGUCUUCAGGAUGGUCUUCUCUCGCGAGCGGAAGCCCUCGCUGCUGACCUCGGAAAGCACAACGCGGGCACCCCGAUGCCCUUGAAGCACGACCCCGUGGCGGUUUACCAUCACGGUGCCCACAUGCCAACCCCGCACCCAAACAACCGGCCACAUCACCAGGUACAAUCACAUCUCUUUAUGAGCCACCCGGGGAUGGAGAGCCUGGACAUGCUGGACCCGGCGAACUCGAUGACGACGCUGACCCCGAUGUCGGACAGCUCGGGGGGCGGCUCGGGCCACCACGGGGGGAUCCACGGGCCCUCGGUGUACGGGGGAAUGAACGGGAUGAUGGGACACCACCACCACGCAAACAUAGGGGGUACGGUUCCCCACCCCCACCACCACCCGGCGAUGGCGGCGGCCGCGGCGGCGGCGGCGGCGGCCGGUCUUCACCCGGACGCGGACACGGAUCCGCGGGAGCUCGAGGCCUUCGCCGAGAGGUUCAAGCAGCGUCGCAUAAAGCUCGGCGUGACGCAAGCCGACGUCGGCAAGGCGCUGGCCAACCUUAAGCUCCCGGGCGUCGGGGCGCUGUCCCAGUCGACGAUAUGCAGGUUCGAGUCGCUGACUCUCUCCCACAACAACAUGAUCGCCCUGAAGCCGAUCCUCCAGGCGUGGCUCGAGGAGGCGGAAGCCCAGGCGAAGAACAAGCGGCGGGACCCGGACGCGCCCUCGGUACUUCCGGCCGGCGAGAAGAAGCGGAAACGGACGAGCAUCGCCGCCCCCGAGAAGCGAUCCCUCGAGGCCUACUUCGCGGUCCAGCCACGCCCGUCCGGCGAGAAGAUAGCCGCGAUCGCGGAGAAGCUCGACCUCAAGAAGAACGUCGUUCGGGUCUGGUUCUGCAACCAGCGGCAGAAGCAGAAGCGCAUGAAGUUCGCCGCCCAGCAUUGACCCGAGGGCGGCUUGUGACAGCAAAACUGACUGUACCCGCCGCCCAACCUUGAACCGAAGCCCGAACCCCUUAGCGAGUAUCAGGGCUGGCCCUAGACUCGCGCCACGGAGUUUCGGUCAGGGCUGACGGCGGGCCCAUAGUCAAUUUGCCACAGGCCACGGAUAUCCUGGAUCCGACCCUCGAGUAGCCCCGAAUUUAUACCCUCUGUGACCGAAGGUGUUAUCGCGCUGCGUAGGUCGCUCUCGCUUACAGCCGAGAACGUUGAGUUGCGGGUGAUGAAAGCGAAACUGCGAUCCCCGAUCACACGGGUCUGCGACCGAACAACUGCACGGGGUUCGAAAUCGGAAAGAAUACUCAAAAGGUUGCAUCGCGUCAGGUUUUUUAUUCAACUCGUGCUUGUAGUUUCAUUUACAGUCAAACUCCCGAUUUUUAUUCGAAAUCUGGUAUCCUGUUCUUGAUUAGAAAAAUUCUGUGCAAAAGUGAUUUCUUACUUCCGUUUGAUGUGUGUCGAGAGUGAGACUCGAGAAUAAAUACAAACCUGUUUAACGGUCUGUCAAAGAGAAGAAGAAAAGGUUUCGUGGGCGAAAAGAAUGAACACGGAAUAUUAAAUACGUUUCG